UUUGUCAAUGUGAAGUUGAUGUUUGCAGUUUAUAAACAAUGCUAAAAUGUUAAUAAUUUUGAGAAUAUUGUGUUAAUUAUUUUAGAUUGAUUUUAGUUUUUAUUUGAUAUUCUUUUGAACAGUUAUAGAGGGUGGCUCUUAGUAACAAAACUAAAAUGCACGAAGAAACAGCUGUUUUAGUGAAUAUCAGUGAGAUGAUUGAUCUCGCAAUCGGCACUCCCGAAAUUGGAGUUGUGGAUUUCGGUAUGCUUCAAACAGUGUUGCACUGCCUCGCGCAACAGAUGCGAGUGCUUGGCAAGAACGUCGAACUGCGCGGUAGCGUCGCAGCCCUGCCCGUUGGCCGGGAGAACGCCCAGACCAUAGCAGUCACUGAGUACAUCGUUGACACGGAAGAAUCAGAUCAUACAAAGAGGGAGGAGCUACCCCAACCACCACAAGCUUCUAAAACGGAGAAAGAAACUAUAUUAGUUGUGGAACGACGGAAGAGAUCAGAAUCACCAGUGCUGACAAGUCCAACCCGUACGCGAUCACCUCCAUCGCCACAGCCACUGCCCGCCCGGGGCUUGACAUCAACCGAGAAACUGUCCUUGGUCACGAUAAGCAGGUUCAACGUCCUGGAAAACACAGUUGAAGAUCUCAAGAGUCGUGUCUACGGGAGUAUGCCCAAAAACCACGAAAUUCUGGAGGAAGUCAGAUCGCAAACUAACCUGAAAGCCAUAACCGAUAUGUGGACUUCACUGAACGUAUCUUCUCGCCUGGAGGCGGCUGAAACUGGUCUCGCCAAGCUGAGCUCGUUGGUGCAAGAUCUCAUUGCAGAUACGAGUGCUUUACAGGAUGCAGUGCAACGCCGACCUUCCGUAGCACCAUCUGCUGUAGCACCACGUGCACCGCCACCUGCCGCAUCUGCACCUGACAUCGCACCUCCGGCACCAGUUCCGCCGGUUGCAUCUGGACCACCCCCGGCACCAGUGGCACCGGCUGCAUCUGGACCACCCCUGGCACCAGUGGCGCCGGGUGCAUCAGAACCACCCCCGGCACCGGUGGCGCCAGUAACAAUUGGACCACCCCCAACACCAUUGGCACAGGGUGCACCUGGAUCACCAGCAACCAGGGAAGAAUUGGCAGCCGUAACUGCUACUUUGGACCGUAUACGUGGCGACCUGGACAAUUUGACCAACUCUUUCUAUACCGCUUUAUCGGACUUACAAGCUGGAUUAGAUUCUAUACCACCACCCCCACCGCCGCUGCUGUCUCCAUCAACUCCUGGGGCUCCGGCUCCACUACCACCGCCACCACCAGCAGAACGCCGAAUAUCUGAAUACCCACGUCAAUCCUUCUCAGCAAUGACGGCUGGUCUCAUGGAGAGGAUCAUUGAUCUAGAAAAACGUCUCAAAGAAUGCUGUGACAGUAUUGGCAAAAAUGAUGGUGUUAUUCAAGAUCAGAUCACCUCCUUUCAAGAUCAAUUGGAGUACUUAAUGAAACAAGUUAAUGCUUUAACGCAGGAAUUUUCAUUCGGAAAGUUAUCUCCCGACCUCAUAAAAGAUUUGCAGGGAUUGAUGACACUUUUCCAAACUGUGCAAGAAAUGCAAGAACAGCUAAAACAAGUGCACGAAACAGCGCUUCAGCUGGCAGCUGAAAAAGAAGAUCGACAAUAUCAUAUGAACGCACUGCUGGAACAAAUAGAGCUAUUAAAGACAAUAAAACUAGACCGCGAAGACAUGGUCGAAGCUAUGGCUGAAAAGGCUGACCUUCGUCUGCUUGCGCGUAAGGUUUCCCAUGAUCAAUUCGAGCUGGCCUGUGAUGACUUGUCACGAGGACUGGAGCAUGCUAUUGGAAAACUCAAUGUCCAAGAGGCUUUGUGGCAACAAGCUCUGGACGAUAUUCAAAGAGAGAUCGAAAUGAAGCUGGAUAAGAUGGAGCUGUCCCCGGUGAAAGAUUUCUUCAACACCAAACUGAAGCAACUGCAGGAUAACCUUAAACAAAUGGCGGCGAUGCGACGAGAAGUGGAGGCAGCAGGCACUAAACGUCGGCUACUAAGGGACGUGAACUGCAUAUCCUGCGAUGCGAAUGCGGUGAUGGCAAUGGAUGCGCCGACGACGGCGCCGGCCGCCAGAGCGUUGCCGGGCAAUUUUUCCAUGAAGCCAUACCUUAGCUACGAACUUGAUACGAUACGCAAGGCGCAAGCGGCGAACGUGCCCCAACGGAAUAUGCAUGACUGGGAGAACAUCGAUAAACAAAUGGCCCAACAGAAACCGCAGAGGACCAGGUCCGACACGGGUAAACACAUUUGCAACCGCUACUGUGGCGGUUCGCACACGGUGACCACGCCGGCGCAGCGCGUGGCUCGUCUCGGCCACUUCAUCAAGCAGUGGGGGCCGGACGUGGUACCACUAUCCUCUGGACUCGCGGCUGGUGACGAUGGCAGGCUGUAUAAAGUGAGCACCGUGGAGGGAGCUAACGUUGGUCCAGGUGGGGCAGUGGACACCUGUACUCCAAAAAUAACUAAAAAAAGCCAAUUGAUUGCCAAGCCACCGGAAAAACCCAUAUUAACGGGAGCGGAGUGUCGAUGUCUAGAUGGUGUCCAGAAGUAAUGAACCAUGUGACUUUACAUCUUUAUCACUUGGAUAUCUUAGGGCCUGUUUCACAACCGCGAGGUAUGUAACGCAUUUUGACAUUUUUUCAAUACAAAUACUGUCAUAACGUCAAAUUCAUUCGUUGGAUAAAAUUUAUAUGGAGGUUGUGUAAACAGGCCCUUAAUGUUUAUUGUAAAAUCAUGGAAAUAAAAUAUCAAAGCUCUGUGUAAUUCAAUUUUAUUGGUAAAUCAAUUACCAUAGUAACCUUAAAUUAUACCUAUUUCUAAACGCAGACAAUAACAAAAAAGGUGAAUUUUCGAUAGUACAUAAAUAUCAAAGCUAAAUUAAAUUGAGAGGUCUAAGAGGUAUUGCCAUAUUUUUCACAAUGUUGCCUGUUGUAAAGGAUAGCAAUACUUAGUAAAGCGACCUGAAGAGAUUUAUGUACAACCGAAUAGACACUGAUGCCUCCCACUAGAUAUCCACAAGUACACUAUCAAAGGAAAAUACCUUGUAACUCUAAAGUACUUACAUCUACUAUUAUAGUGUAAUUAUAUCCGUUACACGAAAUUAAAAAAUAUUUACAAAUCGAUAAAUUAUAAUAAUGAUCACAAAGUUUGUUAUCUAGGGCUCAAGGCGUAUUUGCGUAGAGAAGCUCAAUCGAUGCAUGUUCAAAAA